AAGAUACACACACUUAAACCUAUUUGCCUUUUCUCUCUUCACUUCUCUCUCUAACAAGAAAGCUCUCUCAGUGAUCAUCAUCAAUGGCAACUUCUCUCUCCUUCAUGUCAACAGACCAAAACUCUUCUCUCUCCUUCAUGUCAACAGACCAAAACUCCGUCAGAAACCCAAACGAGCUUCUCAGAAACACUUACCAGCUUGUCAACGGCGAGAUCCGGACAGAGCCACCGAAGAAGAGCCGUGGUCGGAAACCUGGAUCGAAGACAGGUCAGCAAAACCAGAAGAAACCGACGCUGAGAGGAAUGGGUGUGGCUAAGCUCGAGCGAGUCAUAGCUGAGGAAGAGAAGAAGAAAACGGUCGUCGUCGGAGGAGAAGGAGACACGUCAGCUGCGAGCCCUAACGUCAACCGUUUACCCGUGUUACCCGACCGGGGUGUUGUGCUGCAAGGCUUUCCAAGCUACGGUGGUGGACCACACAACACGUCUCUCGGAGGGUAUACUCGAAGCAGGUUCCUUUGCGGGGGAGGAGCCGGGUCGGGUCAGAUCAUGAUAGACCCGGUUUGUUCUCCUUGGGGUUUUGAUGAGACAUCCACUCAUGAGCUCUCUUCAAUCCCAAAUCCUCAAAUGUAUAACGCCUCCAAUAAUCACUGUGACACUUGCUUCAAGAAGAAACGUUUGGACGGAGAUCAAAAUGUGGUGAGAUCCAACGGUGGUGGGUUUUCGAAAUACACAAUGAUGAUUCCUCAUCCUCCUCCUCCAAUGAACGGCUACGAUGAUCAGAGGAGCCAAGGCUUCUUUUAUGAUCAACGAAUCGCCAGAUCAGCUCCAGUUUCCGCUUCCAUGAAUCCGUACUUCAACGAGGCGACAAAUCUUACGGGAUCAACGGAGGAGUUUGGUUGCUUAAACCCUAGGAAUGGAACAAGAGGUGUGAAGGAGUACGAGUUUUUCCCGGGGAAAUACGAUGAUUUCCAAGGAAAAUCCUUUCCAGUGGCAACAUCAGUAGGUGAUUGCAGUCCUAAUACUAUCGAUCUGUCCUUGAAGCUUUAAAUGUUCUUAAAUUUUUGCUCUUUCUCUUUCUAUAAAUGUUAAACAAAUCGUCUCUUUUUUUUCUUUCUUUUUGUUAUAAUGAAGUAGAAGAAAUUAUGAAACAGAAGGAAAAAAACAAACCUUUUUUGGUGUAUGCAUCUGA